GAUCACCUUCUAAUGAUCUCACAUCAAUUCCGAAGUUUGAAUUUCAUCGAGAAAUAGUUGAGCUCGUGAUUUGUGAAAUUCAGAGUGGGAGCGAACCACGUGGCUUCCAUCGACCCCUAAUACCGACCAGUUGAAUUAAAAGUGUAACACCUUUCCUAACGGUCAAAGAUCAUAGCUUCUAAUGUAAUCAAUGCACCACUGAUUUCAUUGAACGCUCGUUGACCAAAGUAAUCGUAUUACGGAAUGAUUCAGCCGCUUAAUUUUUUAUCUCCCAAUGCGAAUCGACUGUUCAAUUAAAUUUACACUCAGUCAGCGUUUAAUCAUGGUGUCACAGAGUUAGUGAACGUAGACAAUUUGCCGGGGAAUAAAUUAGAAUUUAAGGUACAUUUGCUAAGGUGUUAAACCACUUGAUCGAUUGUCAUCGGUGCUCAGUCAGGCUCUUAUUCGCCAGCAAUAUGCGUCCAAUAUGGUGUGCCUAUAGCCUUCUCUUCUUCACCGUGAUAAUGAUAGUGAUCGCUUUUAUCAUUAGAAGUUAUAUGGAUCAAGGUCAUGUUGGUGAAUUCUUCUAUGAUCAGGACAGAUUGCGAAACACUUUGCAUAAGUAUUUUGUUUAUGAAGAAACAAGAGGAGAAAGAGUCGCACGGAAGGAGAGAGAACAGGUGAUUGAACGAUGGAGGAAGUAUGGGGACGGUACCGAAGGAGUGAAGACAAUUCUCUACUGGAAUACAAUGAAAGUUGAACAGGACUUCAUGUUUGGUACUGGGGAUAUCUUUCAAGGAUGUCCAGUGCCCCAUUGCUACGCCACAACGGAGAGACACCUGGACGAUAUAAAAGACUUUCAUGCUAUUUUAUUUAAUGGCAUCGAGAUACGCUUUAGGGAUUUGCCUGCGGGUCGUUCUCCACAUCAGAGGUACAUCUUCUUCACCUGGGAGUCUCCAUCGUCGAGGCGUAUCCGACCUGCUAAUUUUGUCUUAAAACCGGACUAUUACAACUGGACGAUAUCUUAUCGCCUAGACUCCGACAUAAUACGUCCUUUCGGCAUGGUUAGAGAUAUUUUAACAGAUGAAAUAGUGGCUCCACCCCGAAAUCCAACUGACGCUGUCACUUGGAGAUACCCCGAAUAUCUUCUGGAAGUCGACACUGCCGAACUCAACUUAAUUAAGAAGAAAAAGCGAAUGGCUGCUUGGUUCGCUUCUCGCUGCAUCUCCGAUUCAAAGCGUGAAAUUCUGGUUGACGAGCUUAGAACCCAUUUCGAGGUGGAUAUUUAUGGUGAUUGUGGCCCUCUCCAAUGUGACCAAAAAAACCUUGAAGAUUGUUACGAUAUUGUUGAACGUGAUUAUUAUUUCUACCUCUCCUUCGAGAACACCCUCUGCAAGGACUACGUCACCGAAAUCUUGUUCCAGCCAUUAUCCAGAAACGUCAUUCCAGUGGUGUAUGGUGGUGCUGAUUACACCAAAUUUGCCCCUCCCCACUCCUACAUAAACGUGAUGGACUUCAAUUCUACAGCUGAGCUGGCAAGGUUCAUGUAUAGAUUAGUAGACGAUCCAAUGGGGUAUCACUCAUACUUCUGGUGGAAGAACUACUACCGACUUGAAGACGCAUCAAAGCCGACCCUCUGCGAUUUGUGCGCAAAACUUCACGACGAUGACUUACCGGCCAAACAGCUACGUAAUUUCAUGAAGUAUUACAUCGUAGGUCAAUGUUUCUCCCCGGAAAGUCUCCCGUGGUAUUACACAUUGCGCUAUUUACCAUAAACUAAUUGUGCAUUCGAAGCGGUCGUGUAUUGACUUAUCGAUGCAUUUGUCUAAGAAAAAUAUCUGUGUAUCAGGAAUAUUAUUGUUUAGGAGAAUUCGCUCGUAAGAUUCAUUACACAAGGAAUAGAUUAAAAAGAUUCAGUGGUGAAUAGACUUCGAUGAGUGGGUGGGGGGUCGGAGGUCAUUGAUUUUCGUGAAAAAGUUGUCUUCGGUUCGAAUUGUACAGCUGAGAAGUUCCUGUAAAAUACUUAAUGAAAGAGGAAGCUAAGACUAUGAUUGGUCCAGGAAGCUACACUCCGAUGACUCGCCAAGGAACUGUAGAUGAUUACAGAAAUUAUUAUAUCAUCGUCUAGUGAAAAUUUCAUAUUGAGAGCUGAGACUGAUUAUAUUCUUGAUACGUUUAUGGAGGAACUCCAAUUUCUUUGAAUUUUUUAUAUUUACAAUUUUACAAUAAGGGUAACUAUACAAGCAGUAGAUCAAGAUAUCUCAGUGGUAAUUGAUGUUCGUAAGUCGGCUGGCGAUGGGACGAAACAAACAAGAACAAAUUUUAGCUUAUAGCUGUGGAUACUAUACUCUAGUCCCAGGAUACUAGGGCGAUCAGAACGUCGCCUUCUGCUGCUAUUGAGAGGAGUCCACUUGAGUCUUCCUCGAAUUAGAAACGUCAAAUUACAAUCGGGAUACAUUGUGAUUACUAGAAAAUUUUCGAAACUUUGGUGGGAUUGAUUCCUUCCAUCAUAAAAUAAUAUUAAUAAACUGCAAAUUAAUAAAAGUGAUGAAAUAUGUUAUUUUUAUUUUACUUCAAGAAACUUGGAUUAUCCAUAUUGAACGUUUGUUCAUCUUUCAAUGAAAGCUCAAAUAGCCAAAAUGUCAUUGAACUUAUUGUUAAAAAUUUUGCGUUUUCCUUGAAAUUGCGCGACUUAUUUUGUAAGAGCGCGGAUACUGUUGCCUUCAGUGAAUAAACCCCCAUUCAUGUCAGACUUUGGAAAAAAAAUUUGAUGGCAGCACUUGCUUGCUCCAUCUCGUGUGCGCGGGUGUAUGAGAUCACCUUCUAACGAUCUCACGUCAAUUCACAAGUUUGAAUUUCAUCGAGAAAUAGAUGAGCUCGUGGUCUUUGAAAUGAAGAGUGGGAAACGAGGAACGUGGUUUUCAUCGGUAGCGAAUGCCGACCGGUUGAAUUAAAAGUAUAACGACUUUUCUAACGGUCAAGGAUUCUACCUCAAAAUAUCAUCGAUCCAUCGAUGAUUUGAUUGCACAUUUGGUGACUAAAAUACUCAAGAAAAUAAACAUGCGAGC